AUGCCGCCACUUUCGGAGCCCGGAGAAGCGGAGAACGCGGAGAACGCGGAGAACGCGGAGAACGCGGAGAGCACUUCGGAGAACCUGGUCCCCUCCGUCCGACGAAGCUUCGCCUCGAUCUCCUCGUCUCCGAAGUCUCCGAAGCUCCCGGAGAAAGGGAGCCUCUCCAGGAUCCUCCUCUGUUUGGGGAACUCGCCCAACUCCUCCUCAAACUUCUGCUGGUCCUGCUCGCCGAGGUCAGGCUCCUGCUGCUUGGAAGCAGAACUGAAUUUAAAGGCUAAAAGGAGCCUGGCCACGCCCGCUUGCAGCGGCUCCACGAGCGAUCGGGAGGCGGACCGAGCACAGGCGGCGGCGCGGCAGCUGGCCGAGGAGCAGAAGGCCCGCGAGUGGCAGGAGGAGCUUGCUGGGCUCCAAGGCAAACGUGCCAACCUCGAAGGUGAGGAACUGGAGAAGGAUUGCCUCUCAUACUUUGCCUCUGCGGAGAUCCUUUUCAAAGCGCAAGAGGAGGUCCAGGAACAAUCUCCAGAGGUGGUGGAGAUGCCGCAGGAGGAGGUUGAGGAGGCCCCGCAACGGCAUUGGCAGAUGCUGGAGCCUGUGGAGCAGUGGCUCCACGCGGUCGAGGGCGGCGAGGGCUGCGAGGGCGGCCCUUUCCGCUCCAUCGGCGAGAGCCCCCUUUUGGGCGCCUCGGGCGCUUCGGGCGGUGGCCAGGCCUUGGAAAACUUGGCCUCGGCCCUGGAGCGGAGCGCGCGGGAGGCGCAAGGGGCCCUGGAUCUCCUGGAGGCUAAGGCCAAGGAGAAUGAGGAGCCGGAGCAGGAGAGCUUCAGCGAUCGAAUCGAGCAGCUUAUUGCUAAGUACGAAGAGGAUGUUUCUGCCGAGUCUGCCGAGUGCAAGGCGUCACCAGAGGCACAGGAGGAUGCCCAGGAGGCGCAAGAAGCGGCUCGGGUCCAAGAGCUCUCGCGGCUGCGUGGCCUGGUGGAGCUUCUGGAAUCCGUGCGGGAGAAGCUUCGGCUCUUCGAAGGCGCGGACCAGGCGGACCCAGCCCUCCGCCUGGUGCUGGCGCUGGCGGCGGCGGAGCUCGGCGUCGGCCUCCGGGCUCUGGAUGACGGCCUUUGCCUUAGCAGCUCCGGCGCCGGUGCCGGCGUGCCGUUCUUUCGCCGCGACAACCCGUUUGCAGGGCUCUCGACUGCGGACGCCUGCUGGGGCCUCGCGAGCAGCGCGAGCAAUGGGAGCAAUGGGAGCAAUGGGAGCAAUGGGAUCCCCCCGCAGCGUUUGCUGGAGAUGCUGCCGAUUCGGCGGUGGAGCUGGCACUGGGUGAGGCAAACCGGCGUGGGCUGGUGGGGACCUCCCUUACUGGACCAGGUUGUCACAAGACUUGCCCAGGCCUCUAUGGCAAGGCUGCGCUCAUCCAGCCAAUCCAACCUUCACGAAGGCAACGACCGUGACGCCGAUGUUUGGGGCCGCGCCGCUGCAGAAGAUGAGCAGGUCGCGCGGAAGUUGGCCGUGGACGAGGCCGUCUUCUGGUCUGUAACCUUGGGUGCGACGGUUCCAAAGCUGCGCGCACUCUGCAAAACAGGGCUUUUCCGAGAAAGCAGCAACGGCUCACAACUUUGGGCGCUGGUGAGCCAUGACAAGGCAAAUGAGCCCUCAUUCCUGCGGAAGAAUGCCUUCCGGCUGCUGGAACUGCACCGGUUUCACUUGGCAGCUGCCUUGUUCCUGCUGGCUGGAAGUUGUGAGGAGGCCCUGCAAGUAGUCUCCAGACACCUGCGAGAUCUGCAGCUCUGCAUCCUUGUUGCCCGGGCCCCGACUCGCCAAAAGGCCCUCCAACAGGUCCUACGCCAGCAGCUCCAAUGCUCGAAAUUCUCAGAUCCAUGGCUACAAAGACUGCUCGCUUGGCACGGGACCGCCAACGGAUGCCCAUGUGACUGCACUCACCCGCAGGAGGCCGCCCAAGAAGAAGCCGGCAAACCACAGGAAGAGGAGCCGCCAUCCCGUUCUGCUCUCUUCGACAACUCCCUGCGUGUCUCUGUCGAAGCCACUCUCUUAACAGAAGUCGACCGACAGCUUUCUCUGCGUUAG